UUUUGUAUUACUUGGUGUCGUUGAUAGAUGUGAACUGUGCCAGUUCUCGACGCUGGAUUGUGUAGGAUCGACCGAAAAUCUUAGUACAAAAACCCAAUACAGUUAACCUUUCUCUCAGAUGUAUGGUCGAGAGUGAAAGCGUAAGCAUCGUUCGCGUUGCUCGGAAUUAUACUUCUCGUGCGUUUGAUCGCGAACGCGUUGCACUAGCAACACGUUAUCGAUCGCCGAGAUGUCAUCGCCGAUCCAGAUUUUCGUCAUAUUCGUCUCCUUGUUUUGUGCGUCAUCGACAAGUGCAGACUUUGAGGACUAUUUCAAGAAUUGCCACCCAAACGUGCCAGGAUUCGAUGGAUGCAUACGAGAAGCGUUAAACGCAGUUCGACCUUACUUCAAAACUGGCCUUCCCCAAUAUAAUGUAGUCACCUUUGAUCCACUUUUCGCCAAAGAAGUAUCAGCGUCACGUGGAAAUGCCAAUUUUGGCUUUACCUUAACGCUAAGGAACGUUACCGAGAGCGGAUGGACUAACAGUAAAGUGACGAAAUUCGUCAGUGACAUACCGAAUUAUAAGAUAGUGUACACUCAGAGUUUCCCAGCGAAGUUCCUGUCAGGUUGGUAUGAGUUUAAAGGGACAGCACUGGGCACCAGUAUACAAAAUAAGGGAACAUUCACGUUGGAUCUUUAUAAUUACUUUCAAACGACCGUCGUUACCAGAAAACCAGGACAAAAGAUUCAAGUCAAUGUGGAUGUACAACAGAUCGGGGAUUUGAAGCUUCACAUCUCGAAUUUGCUAUCCGGUCAUAAAAUACUGGAGAGCAUUCUCGAUAAAAUAAUAAAUGGCUCGUGGCAGCCAGGAUUUGUGGUUACCAGACGUAUAAUCAACGAACUUGUUUCCAAAGGGUACACGGAGAUUUUUGACGGCUCUUUUCGUAAUUUUCCUUUCGACAAAAUCAUCAAACCGAGACCUACGAGAUAACUCUGCGAGGAUUGUGUCACGAUUCUUUGUUUAAUUCUUUUGUAAAAUGUAAUUUUCAAGAGACGAAGACGAUUGUGAUAUCAAAGUUGUAACUUUUUAUUCUGGCUAAUUUAUUAUAAAGAAUUGGAAUUUUUGUUUUUGUUAUAAUUUUUAUAUCGUAUCUAAGUAGCUUCCAAAUUAUUUUCUUUCUGUUCUAUAUGUGCUCUAUAUCGUUCUAUGUGUUGGUAAAAAUAGUUCAUUGUGUAGUUUACCUUAUCUAUUUUUAUUCUAAAACCACUUGGCAACUUACGAAAGAGAAAUUAUAUUUUACACAAGACUUUUAUAAAGAAUCAUACGUUUUUAUAGAUUUCGAUAUAAUUUUAUGGAAGAAGCUGGUGAAUACUUUUGGUACAUUGUGUUUUUGGAUAUUUUGUAUUUUUGGUUUUUUGAUAUUGCCAGAAAUAUUCCUUUGAUUUUAUUUUAUACGCGUUUUGUAAGAAAUAGGAAAAGGAGAAUGACAGGAAUGAUAAAACAUAAGUGAAAAAGAAGGAUACAAAUCUGAUCUGUGAGGUAAAAGAAAGAUAGUUACAAAUCAGCUAGAUUCUUUUUAAUUCGGAGAAUAUCGAUUGCUUAUACAAGUGAGAUCGAUAAGAAAAGAUGUGUUUAAUUACGUAAAAAGAGAGAUUUCGAUUAAAAGACUGCAAAUUCUCCAGACUAAACUGAACGUGGAGAGACAUUUUUUUAUUUUCUUGAAGAAAGUCUUAAUGCAAAAUGAAUCAGGAAUGACAUACUUAUACGUUCUGAUAGAAAACUAGGAUACGGAGAUUAUAAGAGAAAUCUUAAGAGAAGUAGAAAGGGUUGAUUGAAUUUUUAAAAGCAAACGCAAAUUUAUAGUUAUUUCCUCGUUGUCUCUUACGUAUUUUUAGUUACUCGACCUGCCGAUCUUUCGUCAGACAAUUUUGCAACAGAUAAUGCAAUUAAUUCUAGUUAGUCCUCUUUUUCAAAUGUUUUUAUUUUCUUCGCGUUCUAAUGCAAAUAUUCAGACCUGUUACUUUCAUAUGAAUGAAAAAUUGAAUUUUCAUCUCUUUAUUGGCUAUUCAUCCGAUGCAAAAUCCCAUCGAUCGAUACAUCUAUUCUACUCGUAACUUCUAUUCUUCGAUCCUAUCUAUCGACACGUCCAUUGAGUAAGACCACACAAUUGGCUUUUUACGAUAGCAAAUUACGAUUCAAGGAUUAUUCAAGAGCUUCUCGGAAAUCGCGAAUCUUCUCCUCUUCCGUUCGUACUAACGAACGUAACGAAGCGAACACGAGACUUUCUUCCUCUGUCAGGAUAGCUGUUCGCCUUGAGAGGCUGACGGUCUCUGACCUCGCAUUCUCAUGGUGCGUCGACUCUCAUCGGACACUGUCGAUAAUUUGCGUUGAAAGGAAGACAUUAGGUAACAGAGGUACCGACUUUGAAAACGCUCCUGUGAAACGUCAUUGUCUUUUUUGUAACGAAAAAUAAAUGGUACCGUUCCCAUCGAACGAUCUUUGCGGAUCAAGGUUGGAUCGUUCUUUAAUUCGACGAUAUGUUCGGAAUUGGAGAAACUUGAUUUUUUAAAAAACGAAAUUUUGUUAUUCUUCGUUCUCCUCUCAUUUCCAGCCAUAAAAAUCUCACUGGCUUUACUCGUAGAAUUAAUUACGAGUAAUUUUACUCAACCUUCAAAUUUUUGAUUCUUAUAGACGUAGAAGGUACGAUAAGAAACGAUAAUCAGGCAUAUGCAAAAUCGCACGAUUAAACUUCUGAAAAAUAUCGCUGCUAAAAUAUUGCUUUUAAAAGGUAUCGAUGUUUCCGAUGCGAUUUUAUUACGAAUCAUUAACCUUAAGAUUUCAAAUAUUUUAGAUUCGUGCGUUUGCGUGUAAUGUAACACCGUACGAAAACAUUACGGUUAAUAACGUUCGAUCAUGAUCGAUUCCUAUCGUGAGCACGAGUUACGGUGCUUAUUAACGGUGCUUAACAUUCUUCGCUAAACGCGCCAACUUCUCUGACGUCUACCAUUCACAUCCGCCCACUUUCAUCGUACCUUGAUUCAAACUUUUAUCGUUCGUUGUAAUAAAUGUGUUCCGUAUAUAUUAGUAAUAUAUAAACGUGUUUGGUGUUUUAACGCAUGUUAAACAAACGUUGUUGGUUAUAUUGUAUUUUAAUAAAGUUAUGUUAUAUUUUUGAA